AUGGAGCAGAAGGCGAGGAGGCGGCGCGUGCCGGCAUUCGUAGAGUUGAACUACAACUACUACGGCAGCGCCGAGCUGGUAGCCACGCCCACGGCGGCGGCGGUCCCCUUCGAGAGGUACGCGGCGAAGGUGCCGGAGCUGGAGGCCCGCAGCGACGUGUGGUUCAAGUACUCGCCGCCCCCGCGGAAGCCACCGCCGGUCAGCAGGAAGGUCCGGAGGCCGGCGGAGAAAUCCUACGGCGGCAGCAAGCGCCCCCGUGCUGCUACGCCUGCGAGGGCGUCCGACGGCGUGGUCCCGUCGUCUGUGCCGCGCACGCCGGCUAAGAGCACCGGCGCGGCCAGGGCGGCGCGCGUGGUGCAGCGCGUCAACGCCGACCUGUACCAGGUGCCCCCGCCGGAGUUCGUCCACGAUGACGACCUGAGGCCAAGGCGGAAGCAGCGGCAGCGUAAGAAGGCGUCCAGGAGCCUCUGGAUGGGUUGCUUCGGGUUCAGCUGCAGGCCGGCUGAAUAA